AUGCUGCAGACACUUUCCCCACGGGAAGAGACGGCUGUCCACAGACAAAUGCAGAAAAAUGCAGCAGUCGCCUGCAAGGACAUCAUCCAGGAAUUUGUCGCCUGUUCACGCGAUCGUACCGUGUCCAUGGCCUGGGCUUGCCGUACCCAGCGGACAGCAAUGGUGGAGUGUAUGCAUCAACGGACAAAGGAGGAUGAUUUGGCACAAGCGAGGGAAGACUAUCUGAGAGAACGACAGCGUGCGCGACGAGAGCGGCAAGCAGCCGUUGAGCAGAAGGACGACCAGAUCUAG